AUGACUUUCGAAAACAUCUUGCACAAAAAGACCGCUACAACAGACGCUGGCUUCUCCGCCAUGCUGAAGAAGGACAAGGAGGCCCAGCAGGCGGCAGUAGACGAAUAUUUCCAGCACUGGGAUAACAAGGAGGCCAAGGACGAGACUGAGGCUACUAGAGCAGACCGCGUCAAAGACUAUGCCUCCCUCACAAGGCAGUACUACAACCUCGCCACCGACUUCUACGAGUACGGCUGGUCCCAGUCAUUCCACUUCUGCCGCUUCGGCCCGCGCGAGGCCUUCGCCGCGGCCAUCGCCCGCCACGAGCACUACCUCGCCCACACCAUCGGCAUCCGGCCCAAGAUGAAGGUCCUCGACGUGGGCUGCGGCGUGGGCGGGCCCGCGCGCGAGAUCGCCAAGUUCACGGGCGCCUACGUGACGGGCAUCACCAUCAACGAGUACCAGGUGCAGCGCGCCACACACUACGCCGAGCAGGACGGCCUGGCGGGCCACUGCCGCUUCGUCGUGGGCGACUUUAUGAACCUGCCGUUUGACGAGGAGACAUUCGACGCCGUGUAUGCCAUCGAGGCCACCGUGCACGCCCCGAGCCUCGAAGACGUCUACAGGCAGAUCUACAAGGUGCUCAAGCCCGGCGGUGUCUUUGGCGUGUACGAGUGGGUCAUGACGGACCGCUACGACAACAACAACCUGUUCCACCGCAAGUGCCGUCUCGACAUCGAGCAGGGCGACGGCAUCGCCAACAUGGUGAAGGCUAGCGACGCGGUGGCUGCCUUCAAGGCUGCGGGCUUCGAGGUGCUGGAGGUCGAGGACCUGGCCGAGCGGUUCGUCGACGGCAUCGACCCGGCCCCGUGGUACUGGCCGCUUGACGGGAGUGGCUAUAAAUAUGCGAACAACAUGUGGGAUGUGCUGAGCACGUUCAGGAUGACGAGGUGGGGCCGCUGGCUUGCGCAUGGGUUUAUGGGGGCGCUGGAGACGUUGAGGCUCGCGCCGCCUGGCACCAAGAAGACGGGCAGCAGUCUUGCGCAGGCGAGCGAGGCUCUCGUGCUGGGUGGUAAGGAAAGGCUGUUUACGCCUAUGUUCCUGAUGGUUGGAAGGAAGCCUACGGAGGCCAAGGGUGAGGAGGCUCUGAUAUAG